AUGAGUACUGAAUGGUCCUUUGAAGAACCACAAAACUAUGAUCAGCAGAAUAAUAAUAUUCUACAAAAUGAGAUUACUAACGACUUGUUUGGAGGUUUACAUAUUGAUAAUAUUCAAUAUUCUCCAUCUUCUUAUCAGCAACAAGAAAAAAGCUUUGAUAAUGCGUCAUUAAUGGCGAAGAAGCUAAGCCAUAACGCAAGCGAGCGUAAUCGACGGAAGAAGAUGAAUUUCCUUUAUUCCACUCUUCGUUCUCUGCUUCUUCCUGCUAUUCUUCAAAAGAAAAAGCUAGGGUUUCCAGCAACAAUAUCUUAUGUGCAAGAAUAUAUACCAGAGCUGAAGAAGGAAAUAGAGAGGCUAAGUCAAACAAAAGAGUUGUUUUUAUCAAAGAAAGCAGAUAUAUUAGUCCAGCCUAAUAAUACUAAUAGUCAGAGAAAUACAACUUCUUCUGCAUCUUCAACAUCUAUUUCUGCAAGUUCAGUCUGUAAUGGGCAGGUUUUGGUUCAAAUCUCUACAACUCAGACAAAUGAUUUUCCAAUUUCAGAAGCAUUCCAAAAUUUAGAAGAAGAUGGGUUUCUUUUGCUAAAUGCAACGUCCUUUAAAUCUUCUGGAGAUAAGAUUUUUCACAACUUGCACUUUCAGGUUGACGACAAAUAA